UCUUUAUAAUAAAUUAGAUAGGUGAAGGAACAGUUAUUCAACUAUUUCAAUAUCCUUCAUUGUCACGAACAAGUCUCCAUUUUGCAUGGAGACUGUAGCAUUCUUGACACCAUUUGUAAUUAGAGGGGAAACAGACUUCCUCUUAAUACUCAUAACUUUGCUCAAGAGAUCCUUUAUCUCAAGCUUCAGCAUUGACAGACGAGGACACCCUUGUGAAGCAAAAGUCUUAGGAGGCAUCUUUUUUCUACAUUGAUUUGGAAGAUUUCUUUUUCAAGAUUCUUCAUUCUCGGUCUUAUUGAAUGCUAGUUUACUCUUCAUUGGAAAAGGAGAAUCUUUAAUAAACUCCUCGCUCUUAUUUCUCUUCCUCAGAGGAUUAGCUGCCAUAUUUUUAAGUAGAUUGUUUGGAAUAUUGACGUCUGAAGCUGAUACAUUUUCGUCACAUAGCUCUUCGGAUAAAUUCUCAUCAUAAUGAAUUUGGU